UUUGCAGCCGCCUUGGCUUUAGGAGUCGGGGACCGUCGGGGCCGAGACGCGUCCUCCACCCGUAGCAGCCAUGAGCACCCCAGCAGUGCCCCCGGAGCUACAGCUGCCCCCAAGCCAGAGGGCCCAGCCCGAGUUCAGAGAACAAAGAAGACAGAAACUCAAGGAACAUAUGUUAAAAAGAAAAACAUUUUUUGCAUACAAAGAGGAAAAUCGCAUAUCCAGUAGUAGAGACCAGAAAGUGACCUCUGAGGGCCAGGUCCAUGAAGAGACCAAAGUUCUGAAAUUUAAGACCAAAAUGGCUGGUAAAGAAAAUGUCAGUAGGCCUCCUGGGAACAAAACUAAUAUAACAAUGGAAAAAAAUUGUAUUCCUUUAAGGCCUUCUAAUGAAUUAACCAAUUCAACUAUAGUAAUUGAUCCACCUAAUUUGGAGGAUAGUAAUCACACUGGGCAGUUGGUACCAAUUAAAGAUGAUCCUCCCGGCCAACAUAUGACAUUAAGCCAAGUGUUUCAUCUUAAAAACAACAAUAAAAAGAAACCAAUAAUGACAGAAAAACCAAAGCAAGAUGCUAACGUGUCCAAGAAGCUUGUGCUUGGAUCUUACCGUGGCCAGAUUGUUCAGUCUAAGGUUAAUUCGUUUAGAAAGCCUCUGCAAGUCAGAGAUGAGAGUUCUGCAGCAACAAAGAAACUUUCGACUACAGUCCCUAAAGCCACAGAGCCUCCGCGCACAGACAGCAGCACAGUGACUGUCAAAAGCAACAGAGCCUCUAGCGUGACGACUACCACUAAACUUGUGAGCACUACAUCUCAGAACAGACAGCUUCUGCGACCUCCUAUUAGAAGUCACCGCGACAAUGCUCAGGACCCUGUGAGACAAGGCAUCGGUAGAAGCUCUGCCAACGUUACGAUUCGGAAAGGGCCUCGUGAAAAAGAAUUAGUACAAUUCAACACAGUUUUGUCUAGUGCCAAAACCAGCUCUCAGGAUGGAGAAAGAAAGAAGACACUAACAAGAAGUGUGAAGUCUGAAAUCUUAGCCAGGCCUGUUUUGUCUUCUAACAGCAAACUGAUAGAAAAGUCGAAAAACGUUGACCCUAGCAGGCACACAAUAGCAAAAGCAACUAUUAAUAGAUCAGCUCAGCCCAGAGAAACAGCAGAAGAGAGAAAAGCUCGUCUGAGUGAGUGGAAAACUGGCAAAAGGAAAGUUCUGCAAGGGACACCUAGCUCAGUAGUUACCCAGCCCGAGCCUGAAGAGCAACAGGAAAACCCAGUUGAGUCCUUUUGGACUGUGCUGGUAGAAGAAGAUGAACAAAGAUUAUUUACGGAAAAAGUAAACAAGACAUUUUCUGAAUGCCUAAACCUGAUUCGUGAGGGAUGUCCAAAAGAAGAAAUAUUGGUCAUAGUGAAUGACGUGAUUAAAAAAAUUCCAGAUGCCAAAAAACUUGUGAAAUAUUGGAUAUGCCUUGCACGUAUUGAAUCUCUCACAGGUCCUGUUGAAAAUAUUAUCACACUCUAUGAGAAAGCCAUUCUGUCAGGCGCUCAGCCUAUUGAAGAGAUGCGACAUACCAUUGCAGAUAUUCUGACAAUGAAGAGUCAAGGAAAAGUUAAGUAUGGAGAAAAUACUGAGGAGGCUUGUGCAACCAAAGAAUACAUCCAUGAAGUCAACACUGAAGAUAGAGGGGUCAAUCUAGAGUCAGGAAAACCAGAAAUGGAAAUGAAAACUAGAAAAGUGCUAUUUCAAGAUGAUGAAAAAGAGCAAGAUGACAAACCAAAAGAUUCCACCAAUGACGUUAAAACCCCCAGUACAGAAACCAGAGGGAGUUGCUUAAUUAAAUAUAACGUGUCUACUACACCGUACCUACAGAGUGAAAAAAAGAAGAUACAGUUCGACAAUACAGAUCCUACAUUUAAAGAGCUAAAGUUUCUAACACCAGUGAGGCGUUCUCGACGCAUUCAAGAGAACACCGCUAAGUUGCCAGAUAUGUUGAAAGACCAUUAUCCUUGUGUGUCGUCUCUGGAAGAAUUGACAGUGUUGGAAGGUGAAACCGAUGCUUUUGUGUGCCGCCCCAAUAUCGCGCUACGCCCCAUGUACUCGGCGCCUGGAACCAUAGAAGAGAAAUAAAACAAUGAUAAGAAAUGGG